AUGCCCCACCCCGCAGCCGCACCAGGAUCCGCACCCGGGGCCGCACCCGGACCCUCACCCAGAGCUUCACCCGGAGUCGUACACCCCACCGCAGACGGCGCGAGUCACGUGGGCCGGCCGUACCUGUGGGCGCACCAGCUGUACAUCAUCCUGUGGAAGAACAUCUACCUGAAGCGCCUCUGUCGCCACUACACGACCACGGUGCUGGAGAUCGCGCUCAUGGUCACUUUGCUGCUGGGCAUUCAGGAGGACUCCGUGGUACGCGAACCACUGGUGCGACGAGGCGACACCACGUUCGCGGUCACGCGCACCGGCACCUUCUGGAACACGCAGACGGACGUCGCCCACGUGCGCACGGUGUACUUCGCGCCGAACAACAAGUACCUGGACCGGCUGACUCGCAGCGCGAUGGCCGACCUCGGCGUGCGACGCGUAGUCAACGUCGACACCGAGAAGCAGCUGUUCAUGGCGGCGCACCGGGCGGCCAAUACGUCGCUGCCCGCCCGCGAGGUGGCACUGUUCUACACAGGCGUCGGCAAUGACACGGAGUCCCAACCGAUCAGCCUGCAUGUGACAUUCUUCGCGGGACGCUUGCCCUUCGACAUCAAGGUGGAGUACCCGCAGCGGCUCAUCUCGAUGCCCGAGGGUCCCGUGGUGGAGGAGCGCUUGCCCGAGAUGAACACGCUGCUCCCCAUCAUCGGGGCGUUGCAGCAGCGCCACCUGGAGAUGCAGGCGCAGCGCUUCAAGUACCCGCAUCCCGUGGAGCCGGUCAAGCUGCAGCGGUUCCCGUUCCCCACGUACAUCGAGUACCGGGACACGAAGAACUACGCCCUCGUGCUGACCCGCUUCUGCAUCGGGAUGCUCGUGCCCUUCUCCGUGUUCGUCGCCCGGCUGGUAGACGAGAAGUCCACGGGCUUGAAGGAGAUGCUGCGUAUGGUCGGGCUCGGCGACUGGGUGUACUGGGUGAGCCACUACCUGAGCGGCUUCUUCAUGCACAUCAUCAUCGUGACGCUCAUGAUGCUCUUCGUGAGCGUCAAGCGCAAUGAGGAGGGGCGCGCCUUCGUCCAGUUCAGCGACCCUUCGCUCCUCUUCGCCAUACUCAUGUGCUUCUGCAGUUCGUGCCUCAUGCACGCCAUAUUGUUGUCCGUGUUCUUCGCGAGCCCUCAAUCGGCCGUAGCCGGCGCCAUGCUCUACUGGACUUUCAGCUGCGUCAUGCCCUUCCUGACGCUGGAGUACGCCGGCGGCCAGGGCUACUACUACAUACAGCGCAAGCACAAGCUCUGGACAUCCAUAUUUCCCGGCAUGAAUUUGCACUGGAGCUUUCGGGUGCUCGAGCGCUUCGAGAAAUUCGUUGAAAAUGGCGCCAGCUGGAAGAACUUCUUCGAUCGCGCGGCCACACCCGACAAUGUGACAUUGGCCGAGAUAGUGUUCGUGGGAAUUCUCACCGACUGUACCAUCGUGAUCACCGUGUGGUACCUCGACAACGUGUUACCGAAGGGCCCGGGAAUACCGAAGUCGUACCUGUUUCCUUUCAAGGCGAGUAAUCGAGACGACUUCGCUGUUACCGCUGACAUAUAACAUUUUCAAUCACAGGACAUA